GCCGGGAUCCCAGGGCCGAUCGACGCGGUGUUGAGGAAGUGGAGGCGCCUUAACCCCGAGUUCGAGUUUUUGCUCCACGACGCGUCGGACAUGCGCCAGCUCAUAGCAAGCGAAUUCGAUGAGAUCUUCCUGCAGAUCUUCGACUCGCUGGGGCAGUACCAGCAGAAGGCCGACCUGUGGCGCCUGUGCGCGCUGUUCGUCUCCGGCGGCGUCUACGUCGACGCCGACUACGCGCCCUUCGGGCCGCUCCGGGAUUUUCUGACGCCUGGCGUGGAGCUGGUUGUGCCGGUGUGCGCUCCUGUGAUGUAG